UCUAUUGUGAUGUUAAACUGAUUUUCGGAUGAGAGAGAGCGAGAGAGAUAGGGGGAGAGAGAUAGACGGAGAGAGACAGAGAGAGACGAGCUUUUAAUGUAUGUUUUAGAAGAUGUGAUCAGACCUGACUUCCGUCACAUUUGAUCACUUUCCUCUUGAUGUUUUAGCUUUCCAGACUCCGGAGGAAAGUUGGGGGUGUUAGUGGAGUCCGCCUGCCUGCCUGUCGCACUGUGCGCUGCAGGAAUGCACUUUGAAGGGAUCGACGUCUGGAUCCCAAACAACUCCUGCUUUCAUUUUCCUUCAUGAGAAGUUAGAAACUAAUGAAAGAAAUGCGCUGGUGAAGGAUAUUUUUUGCCAGUCCAGUUCCCCUGGACCUCACGCCGUCCGUCCGCGCUGUGGACGGAGGAGCGCGGGCGGAGGGAGAGCGCUCCGCCGGCGCAGCCAUGGAGAGCGGAGCCCGGGCGGGGCUCCGCGCGGCGGACGGGGAAGGGGAAGGAGGCGGCUGGAUGUUGGUGGAGGCCCGGCUGCAGGGAGGAGCACCGUGGGGCUUCACCCUGCAGGGCGGCCUGGAGCACGGGGAGGCGCUGGUCAUCUCCAAGGUAGAACAGGGCGGUAAAGCAAACAGGCUGGAGCAGCCUCUGCUUGUCAGGGAUGAACUCAUCGUUAUUAACGAUGUGGAGCUGAGUGGAUACCGACAGGAGGCCAUCGCGCUCAUCAAGGGAUCCUACAAGUCUCUGGAGCUCACUGUCCGGAGGGGGUUUAAUCCUGGAAAUAUGGAGGACUUUGUUACUGCAACAAACUGCCUUCCUGUUCUUCCCCUGUCUUCUCCUCUCUCUUUUCAGUUACCACCCUCGUCACCACCCCUGCAACCAACAUUUCACUCAUCCAAUCACAGCUGGGGAUCAGCAUCCCACCUCAUCAUAAAUAACGGACACAGGGAACCUUCCUCUCGUCCUCAUUCAUGGCACUCAACAAAGAUUGGUGAAGGUCAGCAGGACCAGGGAGCAAUGGACACCAUGAACAACGCCUGGCCUCAGAGUUAUCAUUCCAGUGUCUCGACAGCGGACCUGUGUGGCGGGUUUGACUCCAGCGGGAGCUACCUGAGGAAGAGCCCGGACCAGUACAGCUCCAGGGGCAGCAUGGAGAGCCUGGACCCUCCUCCGUCCUCCCAGCUCCACUCUGCAGCUCAGCACCACCACCCACUGGAACACCGCGCCAACAUCGGGUACCACCCGGCCUACUCCUGCCACCAGCUGUCCUCUGCCAGGUCGUCAAACAGCAUUGACCACCCGCACAGCAAGCGAGACUCUGCGUACUCCUCCUUCUCCACCAGCUCCAGUAUCCCAGACUACCUGGCCUCCAACCCCUGUUUCAGAACAGAGCGCUCCUACUCCAUGGAGACUGUCCCUCAGAGAGGGGGGGGCAGUGCAGAGAUGCUGCAGGCUGACAUACGUCACGCCCGUACGCCGUAUGACAUCCAACAUGGAGGCUCUCAGGACCGUGAGCUGAGCUCCGCCUCCACCGGAUUGCUGACUAGCAGCAACUCCAGAGGCCGAGUGAGAACAGGUCCAAGUGGUGUUGUGUGCUACCGCGGGACCAGCAGUGGGAAGACUAGUUGCAGGAACAGCAGCGGUACGUCAGUUUCAAACCGACACAGUGUGGGGCCGAUAUGGGGAUCGACCUCCAGACACAGCUCCUAUGAGAGCCUGAAGGGGGCGCCCGCUCCACCCAGACGCAGCGACAGCUACACCGCCAUCAAGAACCACGACAGACCAAACUCCUGGUCUAGUCUGGAGAAUGUCCGGUCGCUCAGAUCUCAGCAGAAAGGUUCCUGGCAUCAUUCCAGCAGCUCUGUUGCCUCGGGUAAAGGUUCGUAUGGGAUCGAGGGUCAGCUCCACACCGUCAUCGAGAAGAGUCCAGAAAGCAGUCCAACCACAAAACCCCCGGCAAGGUGGGGGGUUCCUCCAGCCCCAUUUCUCCUCUGGAAACUCCUCGCUCGAGGAUCAGGAGUCCCAGCACCAGACCCUGCAGACCACACGGGAAAACUAAAGGAGGGAAAGCAGAUGGACAGACUGGGGCUCAAAAGCGUCCAAAUCACCAUGGCCUUACAAAGACUCGCCGGCUCCUCGCUGUCAGGACUGGAACCACAGAGACCAGGACAACGACAGAGAAAACCGCUGACCCGCCUGGAGCUGGCCCUGGCUGAGGUCCAGCGGUGCUCCAGCCCCGACCAUGUUCUCUCCGCCAAAAACCACAACGUUAAUGUCAAUGACAGUGCCCAUGGGUGUGCCCAUAGUCUUUCUGUUUUGGAGAAAGUCAGCUGUUUUGAGCGUCGGGAACGCAGUGAAAAGCAGCGCGGUCAAAGUGCUCAUCUGCGGAUGACUGAAAAAGGCCGCGGGGGCCCCUGUGGGACGGAUGAUCUUAGAAAUAUGCUUGAGAGAAGCACCAAAGGAAUCAAAGCCCAUAGGACGAUGAGUUACAGAGGAGGCAGCAGCGAAUACAUGAAACACAGGACUCCAGCAGAUCCCAGCUCUGCCCUCCAGAGAAGCCGCAGCACCUUCCAGCUGGACUCCUCCAGGCCCAGAGACUUCCCUUGGAGGCAAGACAUCCAGGAUAUGAACGACCCCCUGCACGACAUGUCGUCUAACAGACAGAGCGACCUCAAACCCACGCCUUCUAAUGCUCCUUUGACUGUGUCCUCAUCCAGCAGUCAUCAGCAAUCAACUGUCCCUACCAAGUAUUUUUCACAAGAGAAGAAAGGCCCCCAAACCAUGCCCAAGCCCCAGGGCAUCCUCGUCACGCCACGUUCUCUAACAUCGCUGCCUUCCCCUCACACGCCAAAGGAAAGACACGUGAUCAGCCCAGACGUCCGAGGCCCGAGCCCCCCAGCCCUCCCCAGUGUCCCACCAGUCGGAGCUGCUCCGCUCAUCAGGAUCUGUGGACGCAAGCGUCUGACAGCCGAUCAGAAGAAACGUUCAUAUUCAGAGCCCGAGAAUAUGAACAAGGUCGGGGUUUCGGGUAGCGAGGCCCUUUUCCAGUGUGGAGGAGAAACGAGUGUGGCAGACCGACGGAGGAUGUUUGAACUUGCAGUAAGUCAUGCUGGGGGCAGGGCUCCCCAGAGCGCCAUAUCAAGACCCGAACUACGACAGGCUCAGCAAGAUGCUCUGGCAGACUACGUGGACAGAAAGAGGGGAGUAAAGAGAGAGGGGGGAGAGCAGCGGAGUGGAUCAAGGCCUCACAGCGCUCAUCAGCACCACGAACACGGCAGCCACACAGACUCCCUCAGCAUGUCUUCUGCCUCCAGCCAGCUCUCCCUGCAGGACUCUGCUCCAGAUCAAAUCGAGAGGUCUUUUUACCCAACCGUCCCUCCUGGUGCAGACAUAAACAGUCUUCAGUCCAGCUUUUUCUACCCGGGCAGGGUGACAUCACAGAGGCCUCCUGCACGUCCAGCACCCAGUGCUUCUCCUGGCUUCACCGUUGAGCGUGCUCAGAUCCCCCACCUCCCCCCCGAGGCCGACAUCAGGAAACAGAGUCCGGCCCACCAACAUCCUCAGCAGGCCAGAGAGACUCAACUCGCUCGGGGAGUUUCUGAAGAGCACGACGUGGUGCUGCAGAGGACGGCCUCGUCUCGCCGGCCUCAGAAAUCAGCGUCUGCUGAGGAUCUCCUGGCUUACAAAGACGGGCCCACCUCUUCUCAACACUACUGGUCUCACGCCUCUGCGACAGCAGAGAAACUCAACCAGGGCUUCCUUCCAGAAGACAUCAGGAUGGUUGAUGUCCUUUUUCCUGAAUCAGGGGGCUGUGCUAAUGCUGCUGAUUGUCCUGUAAGCAGCCAUAUGUCAGGAGACCUGGUCUCUCCUGUGCCAUCCCAGUGUACACACAGCGUCACCCAGCUGGAACAGUCUGCUCAAGACUACUGCCACACCCCCGUCACUCGUAGAGAGCGUCAGAAGAACGGUGAACGCCAGCGCGCCAACAGUACGUCUGCCCUGGCGGCCUCUGUCGGCUUGCCCUGCGACUUCUCUCCCCUCAUGACUGCAGAGAGAGGCACCGCCGAGUGGAAAGCCAGUGAGAGGCUGAGCCAAGCCAACCUGGAUGCCAUCACCUUCCCAGACAUCCCCCAAACCGGCCCUGCUGAUGAUGAUGCUGCUGCUGCUGGCGCCCCCGGCAACAGGAAGAGUGUGACGAUGGAUGGACAGAGCAGAGACAGCAGUACAUCAGAUGACACCAAAAAGGAAACAGGCAGAAGCAGAGUCUCCAGUUCGGAGAUGAGAGAAAGGCAUUCCCCAGAAAAGGCUAAACUUGGCACGUCAGCAUUAUUACCACAUGGCGAGACUUUCUCGCCAAACAGGGAGAGCGAUGAGCGCGCACCAUCUUCACCAUCCUCCCGUUCAUCUGUUCAUCGGCACCUGUCCUCUCUAAGAAUCUCUGAGUCCAGUCUUCUUGGCUCCCUCGACCAACAGCAUCCACUAGAAACUGUCCCAAGGUUUCCACCGGAGGACUUUGAUGAAGUGUUCCUCCAAAAUAACAACUGUAAACCAUUUCCAGAGACGCACGAGACAAACAUUACAGAGGACUUCCCUCCGCCUCCUCCACCAUUGAAGCAGGACACCCAACAGCAGCCGCAGCCGUCCUCCGUCACAGCAUUUACAACUGAACACAACCUUGGUUUUGAGUACCAACUGCUGCCCAAGAGGGAGAAGACAUCAGAGGAGCUCCGAGCGGAGGACCUGGCUCAUCAGCUGGUGCUGCAGGAUCCCUCUCUGGCAUCCUUUUUGGACACGUGGGGGAGUAAAUCCAUAGUAGAACUGAUGGAAGAGAUGUUUCCGAACAGCCGGCUGACUGGUACAUCAGGUUGGCAGCGCAGAGGCAGUGUCCAGGUGGAGGACAGGGUCCAGCCUGGUGUCCGUAAUCCUGCUCAGACGGUGACAGAUCAAAGGAGGAAGGAGACAGACCUGGAUGAGGAAGAGAAAGACCUCAACAUUAGGAAGGUUGAACUGUGUGAGGCGUUGAGGAGCAGCGUGGCAGCUCUGGAGAGAGACAAGCAGGCGCUGUGUGAGGAGCAGAGCAGCCACCAGGCUUUGGGGGGCAGCAUUGAGCUGCUGGUACAGGAACGCCUCAAAACAAACGAGAGGGACAAGUACAUUAUGUUCAUCGGAGAUCUGGAGAAGAUUGUGAACCUUCUGCUGUCUCUAUGUAGUCGGCUGGCGAGGAUCAAUAGAUCUCUUCUUGCUCUGGAGAAAGACAAAACGAUGAUGUCACAGGAAGCAAAAGAGGAGAGGGAUUCCCUUCAUCACAAACGCUUGCAACUCCUACGUCAAACUGAAGACGCCCGGGAACUGAAGGAAAACUUGGACCGGCGGCAGCGUGUGGUCCACGCCAUUCUUUCCAGCUACCUCACUGCAGAACAACUCCAAGACUACUGCCGCUUUGUCGGCACUAAACCCUCUCUCCUCAUACGCCAGCGGCACCUGGAUGAACUGAUACGGCACGGUGGGGAGCAGCUCAGGAGGCUGGCGGAGAGCCUGCCUGCAGAGGUGACGGAGGCUCACAGCUGGCUGAAGGCCUGUCGCCUCUCCAACCCCACGCUCUGCUUUUCUCUCUUUUCCUCACUGGUUCCACCCUCCGUUACUCCUGCUGCCACCCAGCCGCUCAGGUCCGCCAGUGUAACGCCACUGUGAUGCUGAGGACAGGCAAUAAAGGAAAGAGAAACUCAAGCGAUGCUCUAUAAUGCUGCAGCUUUAGCUUGAGAAGCUAAGGCUUCACUCUCACUGAAAAACUAUGCAGAUUUUUUUACAAAUAAGAACCGUCUUUAAUGUGCCUCAUUAUAAUCACACCUGACUGAAUGUUAGAUACUUUUCUACGACGGAGUAUUAGGGCCAAACUAAGAGGGAGAAAAAAAAGGAAAUUACGAGAAUAAAGUCGUAAAAUUACGAGAAUAAAGUCGUAAUAUUUUGAGAAUAAAGUCGUAAUAUUAAAUAUAAAUAUAUAAAUAUAAUUUCACAAGAUGCUCAAUAUUCCUCAUUUUAACACAAGGAGAAGAUGCUCUUCCUGUUAGAGUUCUCAUAAAUUACGACU